AUGGCGCUAUCCAUACAUCCAGAUGUACUGGCGUACAAUUUGACGCGGACGUUUUUGGCAAUCAUCUUGGCGGUAGUUUUCGGACUUAUUUUCGAAGACGUCGACUACGCGUUAUAUUCGGGACUAAAUUCGGGUGUCGGAAUGAUCUUCAUCGCCGCUCUCUUCAACUGCAUGAAAGCGUUCCAGAGUGUCCUGCCGCUGUCGUGCUCUAUACAUGCCUCGUUCUACCGAGAGCGUGCGUCAGAUAUGUACAACGCGUUCUGGUACUUUGUGGGAUCGACGCUGGCUGAGAUCCCCAAUUGCUUUAUGAGCUCGCUGAUCUUGACCGUGAUAUUCUACCCGUUCGUAAUUUCUGUUGUUCAGCUUGUUAUGAGAUCCAGUCCACCGGCGUACGCCAUCCCCUCGGGCUACCAGUGGGUGUACGAGAUCUCGCCGAUGAAGUUUCCGCUGUCGUUCAUGGUGGCGCUCGUUUUCGCCGAUUGCGACGAGUUGCCGACUACUUCGGCAUGGAGUACGACACUAUCGCCCGCAACUUCGGCGUCGUGA